UCAAGUCACAUAAUAAAGGCAGUUGGCUGAAAGUAAAGGUGCAUGUGCUGAAGGGCUGUGGAGAGCAGCUGUGCGGGGAUCUCAGGAGACAGGGGAGAGUGCUGCUGUUGUUGGGUCAGUCAUCUCCCUUGCGUACCUUCUGCCUGAAUCCUCGCAGCCGCCAACAUGGACUCCCCAGCAAAGUACAGGGGCUCUGGAUUAUAAAUGCUGAGCCUUGUGCUGCUUGACUCUACGUGAAGAGGUCAGAGAGCGGCUUUUAUUGAUCAUCUCUUUGAUGCUAUGAAGACAGAUGCCAGAAAUGACUGAUGUGGAAUCUGGGGUAACAGAUUUUGCAGCAUCAGGAAGAGCUGGUCGCCGAAAUGCCUUACCGGAUAUAUUGGGUUCCCCAGCUGGAGGAGAGACCUCGGACCUCCCAAAGAAAUUAGCAGAGCUCUCUUUAUCUGAAGAUGGAGGUGGAGAAGAAGCUUCAGCAGAGGCACCACCAGAGAACCAAGAAAAAUCUGAGGAGACCUGAAAGUUUUAAGCAGGAAAAAUACACACAUUGAGGUUUGGAGCAUGAAGAUGCUUCCAGAUACUAUGAGACUGGAUUAUAACUGCAGUGCUGUGUAUGGACUAUGCAACACAAUUAGUAAGGUUGGGACCAAAAUCCAUUUUCUACUCUAGCUUGAGGUAGGGUAAAAUUACACAAGAUAAGGAGCAACUCAAUGACAAAGAAUGUUAAGUAAGCUCUAUUUUAUAGUACUGGUUCUGUUAUAAUCAUAAACAUGAAAAAGAUGGAUAUAACAUAUACAAGUUUAUUGCUUUACCAAAAUGAGGUGGUUGUUUAGAAGCACUGACUAGCUACUACAUUUUGUUACAAUGCUCACUGAUAGGGAACCUGCUGUGUCUCUCCAGUUUUUGCUGCAUUACAACCCCCCUCAGACUUUUCUGAUAGUGAGAGGUCAGAUGAUGUCAGGAUCAGGGAUGUUAAACUUGUGGCCCUACAGAUAUUAUUGAUCCAGUACCACCACUCAGCCUUUGGGAUCCUGGGAUUUAUAGUUCUUCAACAUAAUUUUUGGGCUACAUUUUGUAUAUCCUUGGCCUAAAGGUAGCACAGCUUAUAGUACCCAGGGGCUGCAUUAGGCUACUGCAGUUGUACUUUAGCAAGUGAUGGAGAAGUGCGUUUAUCCGUGCUAGAAGUAUGUUGUCUUGUCUGCAGUCUAGCAAGGAUUUCCAGUUGCUAUAGUGCUAGAAAUCACUGCAGGAAUUGGGUCACCUUCUGAUAUUACUCCUAAGAGUUAUUGUUUGUCUCCGAAGGGGAAAAUAUGUAAAGGGAACCAAGUUCUUCAGUGCCUUAAUGUCUUAAUUUUCCAGUGUGACAGCCUACAAAAAAAAGAAAGAAAACAGAGCCUGUAUGAGCUACAUUUAAUUGGGACGCAGCCAACAUCUACAAGAUGAUCACCGCAUUUAUGUGUCACUAUGUCAGCCAAUGUAGCAAUGUUUGUGUACUGAAUCGUUUGAUAUGAAAAAUAAAAAAUGAUAUGGUGACUUGUCUA